AUGUCGCACUUGUGCGAGUGUCCUCUGCGGCUGGAGAAGAGCUUCAUUUUGGAUGGCGUGGCCGUGAGCACCAUGUCCCGCGCCUCCGAGCGCGUGAGGCCCAAGCUCUGGUCGGCGAUUCCGCCCUACAACGCUCAGCAGGACUGCCACGCCCGCCGGUACUUCCAGAGCCGCGUGGUUCCGCCGGUUCUGCGGAAGACUGAGCAGGAUCACGGUGGCACAGGAAGAGAUGGCUGGAUAGUGGACUAUUUCCACAUCUUCGGGCAAGGACAGAGAUACCUGAACAGGAGAAAUUGGGCAGGGGCAGGGCAUUCCUUCCAGCAGGUGACUGGGCAUGAUUACUACAAUGCAGAACUGAGGAUGAUCAGGGGGUUCAAUGGUCGAUUUGGCUACCGCCGAAACACCCCAGCCCUCCGCCAGCGCCCGUCGGUCUUUGGAGAGGUCACCCAGUUCCCCCUCUUCUAACAGCAUCUUUACCUUUC